AUGGGGGAUGGUAGAAUCAGAUACAUGCUGAAAUCUCAUUGGCCUUCCCGAAAUUCGAACAAACAACGGAGAUUCUGAUUGGCUGAUUGCACCGCUCGGUAUGCCUCGAGCGUUCUCUGCUGAACGGGGUUUAUUGUUCCUCCGAGUCAAGAGGCGAAAUAGAUUUUAGCCAGACCUCCUCGGAUCCCAUUCAAAGUAAUACUUCGCUGAAAUGGCAGGAGGUAAGGCUGGUAAAGACAGUGGCAAGGCCAAGGCAAAAGCAGUGUCUCGCUCACAAAGGGCUGGACUUCAGUUCCCAGUGGGUCGUAUCCACAGACACUUGAAGACCCGCACUACGAGCCAUGGUCGUGUGGGAGCAACAGCAGCCGUGUACAGCGCAGCCAUCCUUGAAUAUCUCACAGCUGAAGUUUUGGAGUUGGCAGGAAAUGCUUCAAAAGAUCUGAAGGUGAAGCGUAUUACUCCUCGCCAUCUACAGCUAGCCAUUCGUGGAGACGAGGAGUUGGACUCUCUCAUCAAGGCAACCAUUGCUGGUGGUGGUGUGAUUCCACACAUCCAUAAGUCUCUGAUUGGUAAGAAGGGCCAGCAGAAGACUGCGUAGUUCCUGUUGGGGUCGCUAUGCUGACAUGGACUCAAGGACUUGCAUUUGGGAUGUGUGACCAGAUCGGCUUGUGUUCAUCCAUUCAUCCAUUCUCUUUUUUAAGUUAAUAUUAAUGUUAUACUAGCUAACCACAAGUGAUUUGUUAGAGUUUUGUGUUAAUGUUAUAUUGCCAAAACUAGAAUGGCAAAUAAGCCCCCCACCCUCCACCCCAACCCAAAAGUCAGGUAUUUUAGAGAGAGACAAACAGGAAGUGUCUGAUCUAUCUUCCUGUGACUGUGGAAUUGUUUGUUGAAUUGGCCAGAGCUAUGGAGCUGUUUUAUACUGAAAAAUGGAAAUGAUAAACAUUUUAUACAAAACCAAAA